AUGGCCUCAACGGAGCCGAGCCGGCCGAUGCUCCAAGCGUCCUCCGCCGUGCUCGAGCUGGCUCGCAGGGCCGAGGAGGUGCUCCGCGUGGGUCUCUGGUCCGUGAGAAAGCUCCCGGAAAACCCGGACAUCCCGCUGGUUUACUUGAACGAAGAGGAGGGCCGGGUAGAGGUGGAGCCACCCCAAGAAGUCCUCGACGAGCUCCACAUAGACGACGGUUCACCGACCGAUGCCCAUCUCGAAGCGACUGAGCCUCCAGAACACGAAGCUUGCUCGGAGGAGCGCAAUGCAGAGGAGGACGAUGGGAGUCCGGUGUUUCGACGGAUCAUCCUCGGGGCCAAAGCGGAGGUGCCUCUGCGAAUGGCUCGGGACAUCCUCGACGCGGUGCGGGAGGACUUAGGUCUCUUUGAGCAGGUUCAAGAGCGUUUCUCUGAGUCGCCCGAAGAAUCCUGUUUCCGUCUUGAUGAUUCGCUCGAUGAGGAGCUUGCGACCGUGGCCCUGUCCAUGCAACCAGGGGAGGUAUCAGAGGUCCUGGGAACAGAGGCGGGCAUGCAGAUCCUCCUCCGAGUUCGCUAG